AUGGAAUUUGUGGAAGCUAAUGGCAAAUCUGGGGGUUUGCUAUGCCUUUGGGAUCCAAGUGUGUUUCGUUCGACGGCGGUUGUUAAGAAUAGCCAUUAUCUCUGGAUUAAGGGUCACACGUUUGGCAACAAUCAGGAGAUCAACAUUUUUAACGUCUAUGCUCCGCAUAGGGCGUCAGAGAAAAAAGUGCUUUGGUCCAAUCUUAAGGAGAUCAUUGAGGCUGGAUCAGAAAGAAGGAAUUCGGGUUUUAACAGAGCAAGUGCGGAUGACUUUAAUGAGUUUAUCGAAUCGGUUGGUUUAGUUGAAUACAGUAUGAGAGGACGUAGCUUCACGUUUCUUGCUCCUAAUUCCAACAAGCUGAGCAAGAUUGAUAGGGUUCUGGAGGGUUUUGAUAGUAUGGUGGUGGCAGCGGCUGGGUCUUUCGUUGGCGGUGGAGCUCGUGCUGACGCUAACCUUACUCUUAAACUAAAACACAUCAGGAAUGUAAUUAAGAGAUGGAUUAAAAUCGAGUCUAGUAAGGCUAAGGAAGACAUGAUCAGAGAGAAGGAGGAACUCGAGUAUCUAGACAAGCUUUCUGAGACCAGGGAUUUAAAUGAAGAAGAAAGAUGGGUUAGGGAGGAAUGCUCUAAGAACAUCAGGGAACGGGAUUUAGCAGCCGCCUUGGAUCUGAAACAAAAGUCGAGAUGUCGUCGGGCGUUGGAAGGUGAUGAGAACUCGGCUUUUUUUUUUCCACAGGCUUAUCAAUAA